UUCAGGUCAUUGAAGAUUUUAGUUUCGAAAGCUUGAAUCAACCGGAGUUUUUUUAAAUUAUUAUUAUUAUUUACGUUCAGGACGUAAGCGUUUACUUUUACUGUUGCUGUGUGAAUAUAUAGGGUUAUUUCAGAUAACGUUACACGAUAAAGAAAAUAAGUUUAGYGAUUUAGGUUAACCAGUCCUAAAUGAUUUUUAAAAAGACUGGUCAACAUCAAACCAGCUUUCACUGUAUGUAGAAUUUACUAAAUUGAUUAUUUUCUAUAGAUAAUUAUUAAGAUUAUAUUGUAAGUGUGUGGUUGAAAAGUGCAGUCUGACUCAAUAAUAGUCAAAGGGAGGGAUAAGUCUUUUUGCAUCCACUCGUUAAUUGAAGAAAUACAGCCUAUAAUCUGGUACYACAGUGUCAUAAACUGGUCUUGAAGUCCAAACCGUAUUGACUUUAUCUUCUCCAAAGCUACAUAUUACGUGUACCCUUUACAUCAUGGAUAUAUAACUUUUCAACUGUGAAUUGGACUCGACUCCCACUCAUUUCUUGCAUAAAUGGAUGAUGACGCACCAGAUGAGGCGUUUACUGACCUCAGGACCAGACACCUUGGAGGUUGGGGGGUUGUGCAGAUAGCUGCYGGCACUGGGCUUGCUGUCUACGYCAUGUGGGUUGGAGUCCUUCAACCUGGCUUUCGGAGGGUGCCACUGAAGCUACAGGUCCCCUACAUCCCUGCCAGCAAAGCACAAGUAAAAAAUGUGAUGACUUUGAUGAGAGGUCGAACAGGAGAUCUAGUCGAUUUGGGAUCUGGUGAUGGUCGUAUUGUUUUGGAAGCCUAUCAGCAUGGCUUUAGCCCAGCUGUUGGCUAUGAGCUCAACCCCUGGCUUGUACGGCUAGCUCGCUUUCAUGCCUGGAGAGUAGGUUGCCAUGAAAAAGUGWCAUACAGACAAGAAGACCUCUGGAAGGUCGACUUGUCAAAAUGCAAGAAUGUCACAGUGUUUCUGGCUCCAAGUGUGCUGUCUUUAUUASAGAAGAAGUUGCAGGUUGAGCUUCCGAAUGAUGCCUUAGUAGUGGCCGGCCGUUUCCCCUUCCCAGACUGGAGCCCUUGCAGGAUUGAGGGGCAGGGAGUGGACAGGGCCUGGGCGUACAGCAUGCAAGCACAACGACAGCACACAAGUCAGAAAAAUGGAAACCUCAGGCCAACAGUGAAUGACUCUGACGAUAAACUGGUUCAGGAAUAACGAUGGACUUUGAAGAUAAACUGGUGCACUUAUUCAGAAAGAUAAAGGUUAAUAGGCUGACUUUGGGUUAACCAUUCUGAAGUAGUCAAGUUUUAAGACUCAGACAGUUUUUACAUUUUUUUUUUUUAGUAUUUUAAAAAAAUACUUUUUUUUUUAUUGUGAUCUCAGUUAAUCUUGACAGUUUUCAAUAUUACACUGUGGUUUAUUUAUACAGGUGCUAAAUUGAAACACUGGUAUAAAUGAGACAAAAUAAACCCAUGGAAAAAAGGCUUACAUCAAGUUACACAAGUCACCACAGGUCAGAUCUUCCUUUUGGCAUAUUGAUUGAGKUAUUGGAACAAAUUUUACUAUAGAAUAGCUACUAUGCUUGAARUGUCCUACUUUCCAGGUGCACUGUCAGUAUCUUUACUGUUCUGUGGAACUGGAUUUAUAUCAUUCAUUUUUUGU